AUGGCUCAACGACAAAUGUACGCUUCAAUGGGUGCGCUGCGGCGCUCAUUGGGAGCAGAUGUAGCCUCGGUACAGGCUUGCUCAUCGAGAGCAUUGCACAGCUCGGCGAGGAGGCUGGAAGAGCAACCCAGCGAUGCGUCGCCCGCCCAGCCGCCAAACUCCCGCAGAGUACGCUCAGCCACUGCUCUCAAGCAGAUUGCUUCGCUGCAAUACCGCCGCCAGCCCGGCGCACUCGCACGAGGUUCCUUCCCCAGCGGCCAAAUGCUACAACGAACCCCCCGCUCCCCCACCACUCAAGCCAACGAAUAUGGCUUCAUCCCCGAAGACAGUGCUCCAGCCAACACCCAGCAAGACGCCAGCGCCCGCGCCGCACGCAACACUGCAGGCCCAAGGACAACCCGCGGCUCGGCCCCUCCACAAGGCCAAAUGGUCCGCGCCCCUUCCACACUGCGUAUGAGCCGCCCAGCACCAGGAGGCGCCACUCGGGGUCCCAACCUGCGCGGUCGCGACGCCCGCAGACCAGCCACCGGCGGGAAACGCAGCACAGCGGGGAACAACCGCGGUGAAGCGGGGCCCAAGCGUCGAGAAAAGACAUCUGGAGGCGACGAAACCAUGAGCACGAAGCUCGCUGAUGUAGAGCUCGGUGAUACCAUUUCAGAUGCUAUGACGCAGCAGUUGCUUCGCCUGCAGCGUAAAGAGUGGGAUCGCGUUCCCUAUGAGCCUAAGUACGCUAAAGGAAGCUUUGCGGCGAAUGAAUUGAUACAUGCGGGGAGAGAGCUGUUCAAGGGUGAGAGUCCGCCAGUUAAGAUUUGGGGACCGCUUGAGAAGCGGAUUGGCGUUGUUGGCAUGUUUGGUGCUGAGGCGCGUUUGAAGGUCCGGCGCGUGCUGGAUGGAGAUGCUGAGCCGUUUGGUCAGGAAGUGAUUGAGGAGGCUGAGCCAGUGGAGGUUAAAGGUGUGGAAAAGAAGGAGACUGUUGUACAAUAG